UCCCAAAGGUCAGCCUCCCUCCCUCCCCUCACACAAGUCUUGCAAGUAGUCUCUUGAUGCUACAGCCCAUAUCACCCUGUACCCUUCAUAUAUACCCAGAUUCCUUCUCCCCACCUUUCCCCCUCGUUCCAUCCAACCUACUGCCGCCGCUGCACCUCAAAGCAAAACAACAUCGCAAACAAAGAGACAUACAGGGCGAGAUCGAUCCAUCUCGAUUCCGCCCUUCUUCGCCGCCAUGGCCGACGAGUGGUGGAGUGCGUCUCAGAGGAGCCACGGCACGUCGGCGUGCUCCGCGGCGCCGUCGCCGCUCACAGCUGACAGGGUCUCCUGCGGCUGGACGUCCCCCGCCGCCGCUGCCGCCGCCGAGUCGACGAGCUCCAUAACGUUCCAGGACCCCAGCAGGAGCAGCGCCGCUCAUCAUCAGCCUCUGUCCGAUGCCGCUUCCUCUCUUGGCGAUCCCCACAUGGUGGACUGGACGCAGGCCUUCCUGAGCGGGAGAAGCGACGCUAGCUUUCAGGCCGUGCUCCAGGACGACAUGGCGGCAUCCACGAGACCGUUCCGAGCCCAGCCGACGGCGGCCGACGAGGCCGUGAUGACCAAUCCAUUCAGGGACAUGGGCGUGGGCCAAGGCCUGCUCCUCGAUCAGGCGUCGGCGCCGUUGCACGGCCUGUCGUUCGACGCCGGGGAGCCAGCAGUGGCGCCGGCGACGCAUAGCAUCACGACGUCGUUCGGGGAUUACCAGCACUCGGCAAGCUACGACGCCGCGGCGGCGGUGAUGCAGUUCUCGCAGACGCCGAGGGCGCCCUCGUUGCCGGCGGCUGCCCAGAUGCAGUUCUUGUCCGGCAGCUACCAGCUGCCUUUCGGCGGUGCGCCGCCGCUGCCGUCGCAGCUUCUCUUGCAGGCCAUGCAGCCCAAGCCUAGCUGCAGCUCUAACGCUAACACCCUCCUGGCGAAGUCAAAUUCCGGGUCGGCUCAACAAAUCUGCUCCUCGGAGGGCAGGAAGAGCGUCUCCGACUCGCCGGCGGCAGCGAAGAGGCCACGGAUCGAGGUGCCGUCGCCGUUGCCGACGUUCAAGGUGAGGAAAGAGAAGCUAGGGGACAGAAUCACUGCGCUCCAGCAACUAGUCUCGCCUUUUGGAAAGACUGAUACCGCAUCGGUUCUUCACGAGGCCAUCGAAUACAUCAAGUUCCUUCACGAACAAGUUGCGUCUUUGAGCUCUCCGUACUUGAAGAAUGGGAACCCAUUGCAGCACUUCCAGCAGAAGGGUUCUGAGAGCACGAAGGACGCAGAGCAGCCGAAGCCGGAUCUGCGCAGCCGAGGCCUGUGCCUUGUGCCGGUGGCAAGCACUUAUACGGUGGCGAGCGAGACGGUGCCGGAGUUCUGGCACCCAACAUUCGGAGGCACGUUUAGGUAGAUAUAGGUAUUAGUUUAGUAAUUUACACCUGCUAAGCAAUGUGUACAUUGUCCCCGGAAUGGAUUACGAAACAAACACACAAUGUUGAAGCUAAAGCAAAGCCAUGUGUGUUGCUAAAUCAGACGCAAUUUUAGUAGCUAACUAGACUCGGAAGAAAAGCAAUUGGAUAAUCAUUCAAGCAAUGAAGCAAUCAAAGGAUGUCUUUGAAAGGAAAAGAGCUAGGGAGAGAUGAUAAUAGGGGUCGAUUCUUCAAAGACAGGCUAACAUAAAUGCAUAUAAUAUAUACAAAAUGCUGGGAAAGUUGCAAGGCUAGCUGUCUAUGGGGCAUUAGGGCAUCUAACACGACUCAUGUAUACGCAACUUUAAUUUGCAAAGGAAUAAUGCUGUAGUAACGCUGUUUAUAUAUAAACAGGUUGGUUUCUGAUCA